AUGAUCCGGUAUCCUGAUUUAUUUGGGCAUUGGAGAGUACUUUUCCUGCAACCGGAGCUGGUACCUACGCAAAGCGCUGCGAACUUACAGUGGUGUGAGAACUUUCAUUAUCCAAAUGAAUGGGCCAAUUUCGGCGCGUCGGAGUCUUCUGCCAAUUCCUCUGCCAACAUACAGUCGCAGCCGCAGCCGCAGGUUGGCGCAGAUAUACCAGGAAACAGUAUUCAACUUCGAAAUGCCACUGGUGGACAGACACGUACAAUUGCAAUCGUACCAAGAAAGACAACGCGCUCUAUCAAUCCUGGUUACACAUCAAGCGGUGAAGCGAUACGCAUGAUUCAAUGGCUUGGCAGAAUAGGCGCCCGUUUUGUGGUGGAAGAUGCGCAGGGUAGUGUGCGGCUUGUUUCAAGCGCUGCCGCAGGAGGUCAACCGGCAUUGGACGGAGCUACCAGAGCUAAUAUCCCAAGCACGCUUCGUGAAGAACAACAUAUCCGAGAGCUUCGCGAUCAAGUCAGAGCCGGUGGUCAAUAUGGCCUUAACUGGCUGGCUGUCGGAGAAUUAGAACCGGGGAAAAGCAGGCUUCCAUUCAUCGUGGCUGGCUUUUGGCACCAGGGGCCAACCACUCCGCUGCGGGAGGAGGGUGUUUCACGGUCUGCUCUCAAAAAAAUACUUGCACCCCGCGAGGCAGACAGAUUGAUUGCCGAAAACAUGAUCGGUGACCCUGGAUACUCUGUGAAAGAGGCACUUGCAAUACUAUCACCCGCCGCGAAUAGCCACAGAUCAGGAGCACCAUUGGCACUUCCCGACCAAGGGCAAAACUUCUAUUCGUGGCUCCCAUCCAUGCCCCAGCAGUUUUCUGCUGCUCUGGACGCGCCCCGAGUGCCUCAUUUUCAACAGCCGUCAGCCCCUGACCAAAUCCAAUUCUCACCCCAAUAUCAACAGCCAUUAGCCCAUGCCCAAUCCCAAUUCUCACCCCAAUAUCAACAGCCAUCAGCCCAUGCCCAAUUCCAGUUGCCACCACAGUUCCAACAAUUAUUUCCACCUCAGGCGCAGCAGGCCUUCCAUCCUCAGCCAAGUUUCCAGUCUACAUACGGCCAGUAUCCAGGCGCUUUCAUUGCUCCUCCUCAGCCCUUGUUUGAUUUUUCGAAACAGGCACCCGUUACUCAGACUCCACACCGGGAAGAGGAGCUGUGA